AGCUCCGAGCUUAGAGUCUUACAGUGCUUUAAUAGUGACUAGCAGUAGUACGGUAUACGAAUUACGUAAAUGUAAUAUACAUAGGUAGUACCUAGGGAUACACAAGCUUGUGAAACCCUGUGUACACAUGUUGGUGGUCUAGACCUCUCACCAGGUGCCUGACACAAUCCAUCAAACCUUUAGACCGUUUCAAAUCUUGUCUUUGAUGGGCAAUAAGGUUUAUUGAAUGAGCAGCACUACCGGUACAAGUAGUAUUUAUCCCCCAAGAAAACCCUGCCGGUGCACAUCUCAAUCCUGAAGCAGGUUUGCCCCGAGGUGAGACUCUACAAAUGGCCCGCUAGAACAGCGGUUCAUCUGCUGACUCAGCAGGUGCAAAAAAAAGUCUAGAUCUUGUUUCUGCUUAUACUAUGCCUGGCUUGUCAUCUUGACACAGAGCACAUAUUGCAAACAACUAUCCCAAUAAGAGUAGGGGAAAUGCGUGCCCCGAAAUGGCAGCAAGGUGGAAGCUGUUGACUCCGAACGGGGCUACAUAAGCUAUUAAAAACAGGUUAUCUUCAAACGCAUGCACAGAGGCCGUUUGUGGGGAUGCAAUCAGGUUUGUAUACGCUGUCAACUUUAAACUUUAUGUGAUGCCUUCCAAAAAAACCAGCCUUGCUUUUCUGACACCAAUUCCCUCACCCACAAAACCGGCUGAUCACACACUGCUUCCAAACACUGCAAAUUUUCAAGGUUCUCACACCUCUUGCCAAGUCCAUAUCUUCGGUCUUCAAAAUCCGACAAAUCACAUUACCCUGCUUACCCUUACAACCUUGCCAUCCUUGUGUCUCUCUGCACGCAGCGCAAACCUUGAACAUUCUUGCCAACAUCUGCCUUCAUGUUGUAGAGACGCCCUUGACAAUCUCACUGCCUGCCGUGCUCCCCAUUGGACACUUCAUCUGUCGGGGGGGCCCACCAAUCAUAUCUUGAUGUAUUGUACUGUAAACCUGUGCAGACACCUUCCAAAAUUUCAUCUCACUCAUCACAACCCCUUGAAGGAGUCUCGUCACAGUGGGGUCUACUGAAUAAUAGCAGGACACCUGCCCCACGAACAUGACACCGCACUUGAGCGUUUUGCCAAAGAAGUCCUCUUCCGCAGAGGCCUCCGCCUGACACCCCUUAUCGGUCUCUGCUGUGUUGAACUAUGCCGAGCAACGCAGACAUGAAAGGUGUGCAGAUAAGACU